CGUGGUUUUGGGCUAGUAAGGCUUGAACCGAGUUGGGGCCCUUUUAGGCUGCUUUUUGCUCUCUCGUAAUUUGUUUUUAUAAUUCCCUUUUCCCGGUUUUGUGUUCAUCGUAAUUAUUUUUGUCUGUUGCUUUUCCCCAUUUUCCGUUGUUAUUGUUAUUGUGAGCUACGGCCAACGUCGCAUCCCUGUCAAGAGAUGCAUCUGGGCCCUGGCAAGCCUGGGUAUGACGCUGUUCGCGCAGCCCAAACAGUGGCCCCCUUCUUCCCGGUAUUCAGUGACAGCGAGGCUCGCGGGCGGAAAACAACAACCGCCUUCGUCAUCCAUCCAACUAUUUACAUCCGACAACCCCUUUGAAUCGCCGUUUUCUUCCUAGUAUACCUUCUUUGUUCCGACUCUUCGCCACACACACAAGACUCUCACCAGACGUUAUGCAUGUGGUCGACAUGGAUUCGGCAAUGUCGCCUAACUGCCCGUGCCAGGAUGGCCCACUUGCAAAAGCAAACAGUGCCGUCCAUGUGACACCUCACCAGCUCUGCGAUCGGUGCUCAACAGUCGUGCGAAAAUCUGCAGUUCUCCAAGAAUGCUUCCGUCGCCUGGAUGAAGGCGAUCAGCGCAGACAAGACUGGCGCCGAUGCGAGAUCUUUUACCACAGCCAAGGCGUGGACGAGCUAGCCAAGUCGAGCCAGGCUGGCUGUCAUAUGUGCACCAUAGUACAUGGAUCUAUGGCAAAGUCGGCGGCUCAAAUACGCGAGCAUGGGCCUGUACUGGUGAAAGUAGGCAUCGAGCCGUUGCAGGACGAGAUCAUUGAUAAUGAUAGCUUGUCUAUGCGCUUCGGCAUUCUCACAGUUGAGAAAUGGAAAUACUAUCGAGUUCAAGCCGGGUGGAAGGAGGAAGAUGGGACAGCUCUCAUAUACACUGGAGGGCCCUUGGAGGCCGACCACUUGUUUCGCUACGGUUGCACUCGCCAACUGACUGUCAACCUUUCCAUUCUUUUGCUCAACGGUAAGGCAAAUGCUACACUCAUCCAAAUCAUCCAUCUUGACAAGUUUUUAACCGACAUGACAGACACACAUUUUCUUCUUCCCAAGGAGGCAAGGGGAUAUCACUUGUCUCGCGGGCCAUCAACAGACGCCCCCGAGACCUUUGAAUUUGCACGAUACUGGCUGCGGGAAUGCAUCACAAACCAUGAUGAAUGCAAUGAACAUGGACCCGAGAUUUCGAGAUCUGAUGAGCUUCCGACCCGGCUGAUAGACAUCGGGGGAGGUCCUGGGCAGCUGGAACCUCGCCUUUUCUACCCCUCGGCUUCCGCAUCUUCACCCGACCUACAAUACCUGACAGUCAGCCACUCAUGGCACGCAACUGGAGUGACCGAGAAGCUCACGACCGAAAAUGAGAGCCAAUGGCUGCAAGGCAUCCCGAUAGAGAAGCUCUCCCCGAAUUUCCGCGAUGCGAUGACGAUAACACGGCGACUUGGUUAUCGCUAUCUGUGGAUUGACUCGUUGUGCAUCCUUCAAGACUCUCGGGAGGACUGGGAGAGAGAAGUACCCACCAUGACCAACGUAUACGGGCACUCGACUUGCAACAUUGCCAUGGUUGGACAAGCCGGGGACGAGGGUUGUUUCCGGGAAAGAAAUCCUCUGGUAGCCUUUCCUUGCCGACUGCACGAGGCAGAUGGUAAACAAAGCCGCCUCUAUGCUUUCAUCGAAGGAUCAAACCGGAAGUUCAGUCGAGGCCCUGAAGAGAUAGUGGGAUCCUUUCCUCUUCUCAAAAGAGGUUGGGUAGUCCAAGAGGCUCUGUUGUCGCCCCGAACAAUCUUUUUCGGCGAUCACGAGGUGUACUUCCAUUGCACAAAACAAACAAUGUCUGAAUCCUGGCCCGUGGCGCUUGACCCGCAUAUCCGCCAUUUCAAUCCCAGAUUUUUGGGAUUCAGCAAAGUCAGAGGGUUCCGGGAAUUCGGCCAAAUCUUCGAACAGAGUUGGAAGGAAAAGUUCAAGGGGAUUCAAUUCGACAUCAAGGAUGAGCGAAGGGCAGCCAUGGCGGCAAAGAGCUUCCUGAAACGCAGUCGACAGCUGCGUGCCAUCUGGAACCGGUUUUUGCUAUACUAUACCGACACCAAUUUGACAUACACCACUGACCGACUGGCGGCGAUUAUUGGAAUUGCGGACGCCGUCGAAAACUAUACGGGGCUCACAUACAUUCCCCAAGCCGGCGCUUUCAAGGAAUUUUUGCCUCUUGAUCUUCUCUGGUACAGGAACUUCCGUUCCGUUGACCUUCUCUGGCGCAAGUCACCCACGGGAACGAAGGCCCCUUCGUGGUCUUGGGCUGCAAAUGAGGGCGAUGUGCUAUUCGACGAGAAGUCGUGGCUGGAGGGCUCACACGACGAUUUUGAGUACAUGGGUCUACUCCUUGACGUGUCAGUUCCGCCUGCAGCCUCGACCUUGUCACCAGGCAUGGGGUCGGAAGUGGUCAUCAAGCUGAAGACCCUCGUCAACCGGCAGACCGCGCUUGGGUUGGGAGUUCGAGAGCCCCCAGGUUUCUGGGUGGAGUACCUUCCCAAAGCGCGUCUUCAGGUUGUGCUUGAUGAGCCCGUCGCAGAUGGAACUACCAUCUUUUUCAUCGUUGUGCUGCGGACACGCACGUGGAACAACUCUGGCUAUGACAAACAUGUGUCAGGGUUGAUUCUGGUGCCAAAGGAUCCGACAAGUGAGGAAGAUCCUCGAAAGGCGUUGCAUAGACGUGUGGGAUUCUUCCGUAUUGCUGAGCCGGCGAACGUUGGUGGUAUCCUCGAUUUCUUUGCGGGUUGUCCAAAGAGGGAAAUUUGCAUUUGUUGAAGCCACGAUACCACCAUAGAUCAUUAACAUUGGAGGAGUUCAUUUUGUCGGAUAGAUAACAACAGACUAAGAAAGCAUAGCAUUGAUGUUCCUUCUCCAUUCACAAAACUCGGUCAUCUCCUCGGCAUACUACAGUGACCUUGUUGCGUCCCGUCUAGCUUCGCGAAAGAAUACGUAACGAGUGGUAUCUGGUAUCACCUUCCG